UACGGCAUAGCGGCAAGUAAACAAAUCCUGGUUUACUCCUGUCAAAAAGUGCUGAAUUUUCCUACUUUUCUCAGCCCGAUUUCCAUAUUGUCUUGCUAGAAUGAUUCCUAAAGACCCCAACGCAGGGCUUGACCCAUUGGCGUUGGAAUUAACUCAUGAGAUAAACAUGGAAUUAAAGAAACAAGAAGCGCAACAAAAUCAGCUGCUGUCAAACAUGUCAAACUGGGAACAUCAAGAUCUUGCACAGGUUAAAAUCCGAGUUCUCCGAGGCCAUGAAGAUGCCGUCAAGACGUGUCAGUUUUGUUUUGAUGAUAAAAAGAUUUUAUCAGCAUCUUACGAUAAAAGCAUCCGGCUUUGGGACUUUGAGACAGGUGCCCUCAUACAUAAGUAUGAUAGUGGUCAUGUCCAGUACGUCUCUGGAGCCAGGAUGAGUCCCUGUAAUUCAAGGUUUGCCUCUUGUGGUUGGGACAAAAGACUCAAUAUUUGGGAUGUUGAAACUGGAGAAAUAUUGUGGACAGGCGACCAUCAUGGUAUUGUAACAUGCUGUGAUUAUUCCUCUGACGGAGGUCUGAUUGUGACAGGGUCUGACCUGGACUUCAAAGUUCGAGUCUGGGAUGCAAGGAGUGGCAAAGUAGUCAAAGAAAUGAAAGAUCUUCAUAAAAGUACCAUAACAAGUUGCCAGUUUAGUCCAAUGAAUGACAGAAUCGUGACCACAUCAAUGGAUAAGACAACCAAAUUCUUCGAUAUGAAGAGCGAACAAACAACCUUAACCCUUGAGGGCCACAUCAAUGCCAUAAGUGAUGCCAGCUUCAGUCAAGAUGAGCGAUGGCUGGCGACAUCGUCGUGGGACAAGACUAUACAGCUCUGGGAUAUCUCGACUGGAAUGUAUCGAUCUGAGGGCCCCAAGACGCUCAACAAGGGACACGAAGGCUCGGUCAGCUGUUGUUCUUUUAGUUCUAAUGGUAUGUUGUUGGUGUCGGGAUCAUAUGACCAGAGCGUUGUGGUUUGGGACAUUGAGAACUAUGUACAGAAACUAAAACUGCAGGGUCACAGUGACUGGGUGGAAGAUGUUGCCUUCUCCAAGGAUCAUAACUGGAUUGUCACUUGCUCAAAGGAUAGCACAGUGCGUCUUUGGAACAUUGAGCACAGCGAACACAUUCCAGUUGUACUGGAAAAUAAGAGAUCGAUAGGACUGAAAAUAGCCAAGUGCCUCAAGUGUGGGAAACCAUUCUCCAUGGCCCAAAUAGACGACGCAGAUGUGGUUAACAUCUGUGUAUUCUGCCGCCUCGCCAAACGUCAAGAGGCAAUCACGUAUGACAUGAUCAAUUACUCCGAGCCAAUACCAGAAGAACAAGAAUCUAAGGCGGCGAAAGACGGCCCAAAUAUCGAGACAUUUUGAGAAAAGGGCCUAGUUUUUCUUUCAUUAAGAAUUGAACUAUGUAGUAAACAUCUACACGUAUUGUGAACCAUGCCAUUUUCGAGGAGCGAGUGCUCUUGAAAUCAACUUUACCACAGUUCGUGAAACAUGCCAAAAUAACACACACAAAGAUUUUCACGGUUUACAGUACCCCGAAUCUGCAACUGAUCAGAAAUCUGUCCAUAAUGAUGACAUUCUUGUCUUGGACAGUACUGUCGAUCGGAAAUCCGUCCAUAAUGAUAACAUUCUUGUCUUGGACAGUACUGUCGAUCAGAAAUCCGUCCAUAAUGAUUUCAUUCUUGUCCUGAACAGUCGACUGUGCUUGUCAACGAGUCAGUUUUUCGGUACUCUUCUUGACUGUACAUUUUGUAAAUAUGUUUAUAUGUGUGAAAUUACUUAUGAAUAAAGGAUUUGUACCACAA